AACAAAAGAAAAACAAAAAGAAAGAAGGGAGAGAGAAGACCGGAGAGAAUGGAUAGGGUGUUUUCAGUGGACGACAUUGCGGACCAGUUCUGGUCGCCGCCUCCGAUGCCGAUUCGACUCGGCGGCGACGAGGAGGAGUCGGGCUCGGUCUCAUCGUCCGCUAACAACAAUAACACCACAUCUUCAUCGAAGAUGAUCAACCGCAGCUCAUCUGAAUGGGCCUUUCAACGCUUUCUCCAAGAAGCCUCCGCAACCAAUCAUUCGCCAUCUCCGCCGCAGCCCCAGCCGCAGCCGGCGUCGUCUAAUCCUAGGCCCCAGAGCGACGUCGUCGAGAUCAACGAUAAUAUCUCCAAUCGGGAUUCAAAUGCUGCAACUAGUGAUAAUAAAAAUAAAAUUCUUAAUAAUAGUAGUGAUAAUCUGGAAGUCAAGGUGGCUUCCACGACGUCGUUUGAAGGUCCUGUGCCGCCCAAUAUUCCCGUUGAUUCUGAAGAGUACCAGGCUUUCCUCAAAAGCAAACUCGAUUUGGCGUGCGCCGCUGUCGCUUUGUCUAGGGCCAACUAUAUGAAACCUCGGGAAUCUGCUGCCAUGCUGCCUGACAGUGCAUCGCAAGGAUCCAGUACGAGUACGACGCCAGUAGCAUCUCAAGUUGUUUCUAAAGGAGUUGGGCCUGAUCCUGUCAAAGGACAAGACAAGGAUGUUGGGGGGCCACUUGGAAUACCUUCAUUGCCUGCACUGCAGAAGAAAUCUGGGAUCCAGAUGAGGUCAACCACAAGUGGUUCUUCCAGAGAGGAGUCAGAUGAAGACGAAGGUGAAGAAGAAAUAGAGGUAACUGAAAAUAUGGAUCCAGCUGAUGCAAAACGAAUGAGAAGAAUGCUUUCAAAUAGAGAAUCAGCUAGACGCUCAAGAAGAAGAAAGCAGGCCCAUUUGACUGAGCUUGAGACACAGGUUUCUCAGUUGAGAGUUGAAAAUUCUUCUUUGUUAAAGCGCCUGACCGACAUUAGUACGAAAUACAAUGAAGCAGCUGUUGAUAAUAGAGUUCUAAAAGCUGAUGUUGAGACAUUAAGAGCAAAGGUGAAGAUGGCUGAAGAAACUGUUAAAAGGGUUACCGGCUUGAGUCCAUUGUUCCAAGCUAUGUCAGAGAUAUCCACUAUUUCCCUGCCAUCAUUUGCUGCUAGUCCGUCAGACACAUCGACUGAUGCUGCUGUUCCCAUCCAAGAUGAUUCACAGCACCAUUAUUAUCAAGCCCCAUCGGGUAAUCAUCUCCCUGCUCACAGUCCAAGAAUCCAAAAUGGUAUGUUAGAAAUUCCUUCCAUUGAUAACAAUGUGUGCCAGAAUCCUGCAACAACAGCAGCUUCCGCGAACAAGAUAGGAAGAACAUCCUCAAUGCAACGCGUGGCUAGCUUGGAGCAUCUGCAGAAGCGCAUUCGUGGGGAGGUGGGCUCCCAUGGCAAUCAAGGCAACGGAGACCAGUAAUCCUGAUAGAAUAUCAAGCGCGAUUAGGAUUUAGUCAGUAGAGAUGAUUAUGUUGAUUAGUGGUUAUAUUCAGGAACGAGGAUUAAUUGUAUAGAGAUGAUUAUUCUUUACAUGCCCACAUGUAAACUUGUCGAUGGAACCAGUUUUUGCUUUUCAUUAAGCAAAUUGCUGCUUUGAACAGCUUAAUCUAUAUAUUCCUUUGUGGAGGACAGGAUUAUCUGGAGCA